AGUUUGGCGCUCUUUGCCAAAGGACUGAGUGAGCCAAAGCCAUUCUGUCCCCUCCUUAUUCCCCUCCCCUCUCAGUCAGAGCAUCCAUCCUACAGCAGCCCGGCCGCCUCGCUUCUCCUCACUGCAGCCGCCGAACCUCCUCGGACAUGUCUCUCCCCAAGAUCUCCUCAUCCUCAGCCAUCCAGAUCAGCAGGAUUAUGCGCCCAGAUGAUGCGAAUAUUGCAGGAAAUGUCCAUGGUGGAACCAUUCUGAAGAUGAUUGAAGAAGCAGGAGCCAUUAUAAGUACACGCCAUUGUAAUAGCCAAGAUGGGGAGCGAUGUGUAGCUGCAUUGGCUCGCGUGGAACGCACUGACUUCCUGUCACCGAUGUGCAUUGGAGAAGUGGGUCACGUCAGUGCCGAAAUUACCUAUACCUCUAAGCACUCAGUGGAGGUUCAAGUUAAUGUCAUGGCAGAAAACAUCUUAACGGGUUCUAAAAGGGUAACAAACAGAGCCACAUUAUGGUAUGUUCCACUGUCUCUGACAAACGUGGACAAAGUCACUGAAGUUCCUCCAAUCCAGUAUGAAAAAAAAGAGCUAGAAGAGGAAGGAAAGAAACGUUAUGAAGAUCAAAAACUAGAACGUAUGGAAACUAAACAAAGGAAUGGUGAAUUUAUCGUACCUUCUGUUAACCAAGACAGGCAAAACAAAGAAGAGUAUACUGUUGGAUACAGCCAGUCCAGCCUGAUUCAUUUAGUGGGACCUUCGGAUUGUACACUGCACGGUUUUGUUCAUGGAGGUGUUACUAUGAAGCUAAUGGAUGAAGUGGCAGGAAUAGUUGCUGCUCGUCAUUGUAAGACCAAUAUUGUUACAGCUUCUGUGGAUGCCAUUGACUUCCAUCGAAAGAUUAAGAAAGGUUGCAUUAUUACCAUAUCUGGCCGUAUGACAUUCACCAGCAAUAAGUCUAUGGAGAUUGAGGUGUUUGUGGAUGCUGAUACCCUAGUUGGUGACACACAGGAGAGAUAUCGAGCUGUCAGCGCAUACUUUACUUAUGUAUCCUUAAGCAAAGAAGGGAAACCCCUGCCGGUGCCUCAGUUAGUGAUUGAAAGUGAAGAAGAAAAAAAGAGAUUUGAAGAAGGAAAGGGACGUUACCUACAAACAAAAGCCAAACGACAAGCACACAUGCAGUCUUUGACCCAGCAAUGACCAUCUAACUGCAGCAGUCUAUAGGAAUCAGCUAGCAAUGGGAAUUGUCAGACUGCCCAAGCUGUCCAAAUAGUCCCUUUAUAAUGAAAAUAGAAAUAGUGUUAUGUGAUGUGAAAUGCAAUGUAAAGAUCAGAUUCUGAUGUAUUAUAUAUAUAUAUUGAGUAGUACAAAUAUUGAAACUGUUAUAUUAUUAAUGAUUAGAGAAAGUUUAAGUAUCUGAUUAGCAUUUUAAAUAAUUUAUCAUUACUGCUGUUAGCUAUAUAUGUUCUUAUGUUGCACUUGGCUGUGGUUGGAUCCUGUCACAGCUGCACAUACACAGGAGAUGGGAAUGUAAAAGGGAAAGGUCCCCAAUCCCUAAAGUUUGUAUUUCAAACCCAAUACAGGCAAACCAAUGUUCCACAUUCCAACAGGUAUUAUAAUAGCACGGCCAAAGGAAGAGAAGCCUACUUUUGCAGCUGCUGAGCAGAACUCCUUUGGCAGUGGUAGGACAAGGCAGAGUCCUCUUAUUUCACAUAUAAUUGUUUUAAAGUGAUAUGAUUUUCUAAUAUGAUCACAUAACUACACUCACAGUAGUUCUGCUCCAGUCACAGGUGGCAUCUGCUAUUAUCUGGUGCCGAUUGGUUAAUUUACACUUAUUCGUGUGUUAGGUAUAUCACUUCCUACAGUUCUUUCUCUCUGUUUUGGGUCUCAAAAUCUCUUCUUCAAAAGCUUUGUACUUUGUACUGCUAGACAUUCAGUGGCGUGAACAGUAUUUGCCCACUUCAACAAUUUAGUGGUUGAGGAGAAUAGGUCAAGGGGCUGAAUACAUUUGAAAGGCACUAUAUUUGUGCUUCCAGAAGAGAACAUGUACUAAAUUAGUAUUAUUUUCUAUUUGGGGUUGAUUUAAUAAUAGGUGCUAUACUGCAACCCAAGCAUCAGUGCAGCUAACCAUAGCAACCAUUUUGAUCUUUGCUUUCAUUUCCAGCUAAUAGACUUAUCAAUACUUAUUACUGAUUGGUUGCUAUGAGCGACUGUACUAUAGCAUCUAUGUUAGUAAAUUAGCUCUUUUACAUGAUAUAAACUUCUUGGUACUUCUUGGUACUAUAUUAGCUAAACCCAAAGGUUUCUAGGCCGUGGAACAUUAGCUUCCUAAUUCAAAAAAACAAAUCCAAAAAAAAGUUAUUUUGCUAUUAAAAGUUUUACAAAUUAAAAUGUAUUUUUAGAUUGUAAAAUCUACUAAUAAAAAAAGGGUCAGUGCUGCAGAUUUUAUGUUACAUCUUUACAUUUGCACUUUGAUCUAUGCUGCACCACAUGUUUACUGGCACUUAUACCAAAAAGAAAAAUAUGUAGGGAGCACCACACGCACUUUAUAUGUGCAAUUACGCACGGGCGAUGCUCACUUCAUGUCACGUUACAAACAAUGGGGUAAAAAGGAAGUCAUAGCACUUACCACUUCUCGCUGUGCAAUUCUCUUGUUUGUUCAUUGUGGUAAAACUGGCUAAAUAAACAAGAGAAUUGGUGGGUGCUAUAACUUCCUUUUUACUCCAUUAUGCCAAAAUGACCCAAUAUGAGGCCAUGUGGCCGUUGUGAACUACAAACUGGAAUCAGGUAGCAGUAGCUGCUAUGUGUCUGUUAAUAACAGCUGAAUGGUUGUUGGACUUCCUUGGUUUAAAAGAAUGUUCAUUUAUAUGCACUAAAUUCUGAUAAACAUACAGUAUCAGUAUUUGCUUGUGUUGCCUUAAGGCAAACCAGCUGCUGCUGCUGCAUUAAACCUCCCAUUCUUCUGCAGUACCGCAGUUGCCUGCUAAGAAAUAAUGAGAUUUUAGGUUCAGCUCAGUUGUACAGCCUCCAUAAACUAUGCGGCUUUGCUGAUUACUGAAGCAUGCCUUUUAUUAAGGGCAAAGAGCCUUUGCCAUUAUUUUUUUUUUUAAUUAGUAUUAGUAGUAGCCAAAAACACACACGAAAAUUGCUCUUCAUUGUCUAUGAGAAUCCUAUUAAUGCGUGAGCACAAGUCAAUGGGAAGCCAUUGCGGAUUGGAAGCAGUAUAUUGCCAUCAAAAAUAGCACUGAUCAAAUCACUAUAACCUAAGGGAUAAAGCCCAAGAGAGCCAGGCCAAGUCAUGCCUAUAGAUAAGGGCAUACAGUGUUUACUAAUAUGCAGAUCACUCGGGGUUUGCUGAUUCCAUAAAGAUAAUUCUAAGCAUCUUUAAUGAUCACGCAUCUCCUUAUAUGAGUCACUAGUUAUUUUAAAUUCACUGACUAACUCACCAUCAUCUGCCUCCUUUAGCGUCAGAGGGCCACUAGUUAAUGUCACAUUGUUAUUGAAAGGCAAAUCACAGGGGGAGUUAGUUUGGGGAAUUCAUCUAUAAAUAAGCUGUGACCAAGUGAUCACAAGUUACAGGAGAUGCACAGCUUGCUGGCUUUGUCACAAGUAGUUAUGUAUUGCUUUUAGAUCUGAACAAUGUCUAAUGGUAGUAUGAAAGUUAUAUUCCAAUGUCUCUGUUCUUAAGUAAUAAUAAAAGGAACAACAGAAUUCAUAUGAAA